AUGAUGCGCGCGGUGAACCAGUCCCAGGUCAGCUUCGAUGACUUCACCGAGCAAUGCCAGAGCAUCUCUCACGAGAUCGUGCCGCAGCAGAAUCGCACGAACUCCUCCGGCCGGAACGCGAAAAGUCUCCGUGGGGGUGCAGCAACUGGUCCCGCUUACCCGGGCCGAUACCAUGCUGUCCUUGUUUCCAACUGGUUUCAAGGUACCCAUCCCGGUUUGGCCUGGUGUAGCGUCGGAGUGACAUCUUCUCUUCCCGAGGAAGUUGUCGACAUCCACCAGCUUAGAUCAGAACCUGGGCAAGGUCUCUUCGUUCCCCUGCUGUGUAUCGCUCUCUGGUGUUUUCUCCAAGGUUCCAUGGCCUUGAUUGCUUACACACGGCGACUUGUCUCCUUCGGUGUCCGGACCUUGACUGAGUGGACACUGGACUAUCUUGACGGCGCAAAGUUUUCCCAAGGUUGGGGGCUGAAUUGGCGUGCGUGCACCCAUCGGCCCGAGCCGCCCGACUCCUUUGGGGCCCCUGCACGCGAGUGCUACUUUGGCUUGAUUGGAAACACGACUCCCCCGCCAGAAUCUACCGUCGCUUGCCAAAUUGGUACCCCUUGCACGAAAGCGCCGUCGCCGAUGAAUCGAACCCAGUUAAAUGGCCAGGCUCGCCGUCCGCGCCAGAACCCCGUGUCAUGUCAGUUGUGCCGGCAGAAGAAGCUCAGGUGUAACCGCCAACAACCGUGCUCCAACUGCUCUGCACGUGGCAUCGGCUGUCAGUUUGCCACGGAAAAGCCUACUCAACAGACUACAGACAGCGGGCAGGGAUUCCCACAGGAAGAAAAGGCAGCGCUUCUGGCUCGCCUGGCAAAGCUUGAGGAUGCAGUUUUUGGCAAGCAUGAUAGUAGACCCUCCGCCUCUACUACAAUUUUAUCAUCACCCCCUCAGCCAUCGACUCCUCCUAUGAUGCCAAUCUUUACAUUCAACGAAGAACAUGAAGUGGCAUCUAAAUGGCUAGAAGGCAUCGGGACUCUUGAGAACUCGAUAUUCCCAGGACACUCAAAUGGGAUCAAAUUGAGAGCCGAACCUAUAAGUCAGCUACUAACAGAUCCAUCAGCGGCGCGAAAUGGUGCAGCUCAUUUGUCCUGCUGUGCUCAGCUGCCCACAAAAGUCGAGGCCACAAACUUGUUUCAAUAUUUCCUGGACAAUGUCCAAUAUCUUCAUCCAGUGCUUCAACCCCAGUCUGUUGAGAGUACGAUAGACACUGUGUAUAUGAACCACUUUUCACACCUUCGCAACAAACCGGCAGAUAUCGCGUUGCUGCUCAGCAUAUUCGCUAGUGCCAGCCAUCUCUGGAGACCACAUAGAAGCAAGGUCUUGAUAUUUCAGUCUACACAGGAAGCUGCUUCAAUGUCCUCUAUCUGGGGUAUUGCCGCUCUUGAUCUUCUGGAAUACUCUAGGCGAACAACUUUUGCUUCAGUUGAGCAUCUACAAGCCACAAUCAUCAUCUCCUAUGUCAUCUACAACUCCCAAGGUUUCUCCCCCAUGUUUCGCUCACUUCAUAGCAACAUGAUUACGAUGGCUUGGGAGCUUUCUUUACACAAGACCGAUAGCCCCCAAAUGAAGGGACAGACGGAUUCGCAGCCAAGUCGGAUCGAGGCCGAAGUCAAGAGAAGAAUAUGGUGGCACAUUGCCUCCACAGACUGGUUACUUGCAUUCACCCCUGGGCCACUGGAAGGGACUUAUUCUAUCCAGCCAUCACAUAUGCGUGUUAACCACCCGCAGGAUGAGGAAGACCGCGAUCAUAAUGAUGGAAACCUGGCACUGUUGUCGACAUCAUACUUCCUCCAACGCGUUCGGCUAUCUGAGAUAUGCCGCGCCGUGGUUGACUCCUUGCCACAAUUCGAGGAUGUUGAAAACGUGGACUAUAGGCAGAUUAUCUCCCUCGAUGGUAAAUUUGAAGAGCUGAUCGAAAAAUUGCCGGCUUUUUUCCGACUGGACGAUGGGAGCGACCUUUAUCAUACAGCACCUCACCUCGCCAUCCAGCGCUAUCUCAUCCAUCUUGGGAUCCAUACCAGACGCAGCAGACUGCAUCAGUCUUUCCUGGUACGCGGAUUUACCGACCCAAAAUAUGCCUUUUCCAGAGAUGCUUGUCUAAAUUCCUCCCGCACUGUCUUGGAGAUAUGUCGCACGUUGGAAGAGGAGAAGAACUCCUUGGCCUCCAUCCCUGCCAGACUUGCCACUGUCGUGCAUCAUUUAUUCAUGGCCACUGUUGCUCUCGUGGUGGAUCUCUGCUCCACCAAGGUUGAAGGCUUCGAAGAACAAAGGCAAGCCGAAGUCACACAAGCAUGCAGAAUGCUUGACGACUUGAAAAAUGAUUCCACUAUGGCAGCCAGAUUUCUUAACCCCCUAAUGGAAAUCUUGCAGAAACACAAAGACAGGCUUCACCACCAGUCUGCCGUAUCCGCCAGAGUACCCACUGACAGCAGAAUCAGCCAGAGUCUCCGUGACCCACUAAGGGUUCUCCAUGAGCCUCUGUCUGAUAUUGGCCAAGAUACGUCAGCAAAUCCUGGUGGCCAGCGAGCCGCAGCAGGACAAUCAUAUGCCGAUGAUUGGGAAUUCGAUCACAUGAUGCAGCAGUACAUCGAUCUAGGACAAAACAUCGAUGGCCCUACUUGGAACAAUCUUUUCGACGAUUUUGAUUCCUAUCAAAUGUCAGAUGUUGGAGGCGCUAUCUUUUAUGGCUAA